UUCCAUCCUAGAACACCGGGGAUUUGUGAACAGAGAAGAUACAAGAGUGAUGGGUGAAGCUGGGUCCUAUAACCUGAAAGGCGAGCGCCCUGGGCCAAAUCUGUCCUCCGUGCUCAGGGUAGAGCCUUUGCUUUCUGUCAUGGGGUGAAGAUUGCUCGGGCUGUGUCUGCGCUGACCCUGCGCACACACCUUCAGUUCUUUCGUUUUCUCACUCCUUUCUUGGCUCCGCCCUGAGGGCUCAGUGACAUACCACAAGGAAAUGUUUCCUCUAGGGGAUGGUCUUAAAGGACUGUGACUGCCAAAAGAAUGAUGCUGAGGAGACUGGGUUUGGGAGGUAAGGUGGAGCGGACUGGAGGAGAGCUGGCAGUGUCUGAGGAGUCCUUCCUGGCCUGAUCUCACGGGUCGGGGUGGGGAUGAAAAAGCCUGGAGGAUUUGGGCAGCAGCCCUGUGGUCCCGAGCCCUUCCUCCUCAGGCUGUCACUGUCCAGAAGCUGUUUAUUUAUGGUCUCUGCUCCGGGGGCAGCUCUGGAAUGAGGGAGGAGAAAAUGAAAGUGAAAGCAGACGCGUUUGCUGCGGGGCUCGCAUUUGCUGCCGGGCUCCAUUCUAGGCUGGGCUUUCCUCCUCUGCCCCUCCCGUGACACCAACCCACCUCACAGCCAGUCGUCGUAGUCAGGAUCCGCUACAGAAACGCUUUGAUCCACGACUUCGGUGCUUGGUAUUCAGAUUAUACUGCAUCUGCAGAUCUCAAAGAGGGAGACUUUGUGCAUUUUGUAGCAGACGCAGCUAUUUAGAUGUGCAGGUUAACAAGGGCUGACCUGGAUCUAACCCUAAAGCUGAAUGAGGCCACUGGCUUAAAUGACACUUCCCCUGUCCCACCCAUGAAGGGCACAUGGGCAGGAGAAGAGAAUCUGCUACAAAAGAAAAAAUUCACCAAGAGGCAUCAUAAGCUCUGCCUUUCAGCCAAUGCCCAGUAUUUGCUACACGCCCUAACGCAGUCUCCUAUGGCCCUGUUUAUUGUUGAGGAAACAAUAUUGUAAGUCAGCGGUUUAAGAGUGUGCAACCAGGAAGUGACAGUCAAAAGUUGCACACCCAGAAACUCAAAGCUGAGCUCAUAAUUCACGUUUUUUCCACGACUGCUUCAAUUAACAUCGCACAGGAGUGUGAAGAGGGCAGGUGUGGAGGACGCAGCAGCGAAGUGGGGUGACCAGCCAGCCUCCCAUGGGAUAAAGAAACCCAGAUGGACAAAGACUAAGAAAUACACUUCUCUCCUUAGAGGAGCUUGCUUGUGCUCUCCCCAGCCCAAAAGCCACCAACUGCUAGGAGACAUCAGAAGACAGAACACAUAAACCCAAUUCCUACCCCAAGACUUUCAUCACGUCCCAAAGAAACAAGUGUUCAUUUCUCAAGGAAAAAGCUGAAAACGUUCAACAUUGGAAUCGACUAUCAUGGAGAUCACGGAUCAUGACACCCCCCAGGAUGGAUCCACAUCCUCAAGUAAUCAGAGGACCAUUAGUGAAGACAGUCUUUCGUUGAUUGAAGCUGUUAAAGAGGGGAAUGUUGACAGGAUCCAGCAAUUGCUGGAAAGAGGGGCUGAUGUCAAUAUCUGUGAAGACAUGGGGGGCUGGACACCUUUGCACAAUGCAGUGCAGUUUGGCAGGGUAGACAUUGUCGAGCUCCUGCUUCGUCAUGGUGCUGACCCCCGUCGAAGGAAGAAGAAUGGGGCCACUCCCUUCAUCAUCGCUGGGAUCCAUGGAGACGUGAGACUGCUCGAGAUUUUCCUCUCUAGAGGAGCAGACGUCGAUGAGCACGACUUGAACGGCUUCACGGCUUUCAUGGAAGCUGCCGAGUAUGGUAAAGUCGAAGCCUUAAGAUUCCUUUUUGGUAAAGGAGCCAAUGUGAAUUUGAGACGGGAGACCACGGAAGACAGAAGGCGACUGAGGCAAGGAGGGGCCACAGCUCUUAUGAGUGCUGCUGAAAAUGGCCACACAGAAGUCCUGAGUAUUCUCCUCAAGGACAUGAGGGCGGAAGUCGAUGCCCGGGACAAUAUGGGCAGAAAUGCCUUGAUCCGUACUCUGCUGAACUCCGAUAGUGAAAAUGUGGAGGAGAUUACUCGCCUUCUGCUCCACCACGGGGCUGACGUUAACGUGAGAGGAGAGGGGGGGAAGACACCCCUGAUCUCCGCAGUGGAAAGGAAACACACAGGUUUGGUGCAGAUGAUCCUGGAUCAGGAGGGAAUAAACAUCGAUGAUAGAGAUAGCCAGGGCAAGACAGCCCUGCUAAUCGCUGUUGAACUCAAACUGAAAGAAAUCGUCGAGUUGUUAUGUGCUAAGGGAGCCAAUACCAAGUGUGGGGAUCUUGUUGGGAUAGCCAGGAGGAAUUAUGAUCCUUCCCUUGUAGACCUUCUUCUCCGUUAUGGAGCUAAUGAUCAAACCGGCCCUUCUGCUGUAGACAGGUUGCCUCAUAGUUCACGCUGGGAGGAAGCCUUGAAAAGACUUCACCGUAUGUCUCGACCCAUGAUUGGCAAACUCAAGAUCUUUAUGGACAACGAAUUUAAAAUUUCUAGCACUUCUGAAGGGGGCAUCUAUCUGGGGUUCUAUGACAAUCGAGAGGCGGCUGUGAAGGUCUUCCGUGAGGACAGCACACGUGCACAUAAGGAGGUUUCCUGUCUGCAGGGCUGCCUUGGACACAGUAACUUCGUGACUUUCUAUGGACGUGAGACCAGCAAGGGCUGUUCAUAUGUGUGUAUGUCCCUGUGUGAUUGGACAUUGGAAGAGUUCCUGGAAGGGCACAGAAAGGAACCCGUGGAGAAUGGGGAAGAUAAGUUUGCCCGCAAUGUCCUGUUGUCUAUUUUUGAGGCUGUUAAAAAACUACACUUGCAUGGAUACACCCAUCAGGAUCUACAGCCACAAAACAUCUUAAUAGACUCCAAGAAAGCUGUUCGCCUGGCAGAUUUUGAUCAGAGUAUCCAGUGGAAGGAAGAUCCACAGACGGUCAAGAAAGACUUGGAGGCCCUUGGACGGCUGGUCCUCUAUGUGAUAAAGAAAGGUGAGAUCCCUUUUGAGACACUGAAGGCUCAAAAUAAUAAAAAGGUGAUUAAAAAGUCUUCAGACGCGGUGACUAAGGACCUCAUUUAUUGCCUGUUUUAUCCUGAAAAGAAUGUAAUGAACUGUCUGGAGGACCUGCUCGGCCAUCCUUUCUUUUGGACUUGGGAGAAUCGCUACAGAACACUUCGGAAUGUGGGGAAUGAAUCUGACAUAAAAAAACCAAAAUAUGCAAGUGAGCUUCUCAAACAACUGCAGUCUCAGACACCUGAACCUUCCAGAAGUUUCUAUCAGUGGAGAUCUAAGAUCGACGAAGAUGUUAUGGGAAAAAUGGACUCUUUCUAUACAAUAAACAACAGAAAACCUUAUCAGGACACUGUGGGUGACUUACUAAAGUUCAUUCGGAAUAUAGGAGAACACAUCGAUGAGGAUAAAAAUAAGCAAAUGAAGGAGAGAAUUGGAGAACCUUCUUGUUAUUUUCAGGAGACAUUUCCAGAUCUCAUAAUCUAUGUCUACAAGAAACUACGGAACACAGAAUACAGAAAACAUUUUCCUCAGGCUCCAUCAAGCCUCAGUGUGCCUGAGGCAGCGGGACCAGCGGACCUACAGAGCUGAGGCUUGCAAGCUCAAGGAACCGAUUUUUAAUCUGUAUAGUUCUUGGCAAGUUGCAUAUCUGUGAUCUCUUUGGUAAUCUGGUUGUUUGUGAGGGCUGAGUUAGCUAGCCAGCAUGUCAGUUUCUGAUACACUGUUCCACACAAUCACAAAAGCAGUGUACUACAAAACUGUACUACUCCAUUUUGGUGGAUAGAAUUGGGAGAACCUUCUGCUAAGAUUUCACUUUUUAAAAAAAAACGUGUGUGUGUGUGUGUGUGUGUGUGUGUGUGUGUGUGUGUGUGUGUGUGUGUGUGUGUGUAUGUGUGUGUAGAGAGAGGGGGGGGCACACAUGCCACAUGUGGAAGUCUGAGUACAACUUUGUGGAGCUGAUUCUCUUCUUCUACCAUUAUAUGGGUUUUGGGGAUCAAAUUCAUGUUGGGAGGCUUUCAUGGCAAGCACCUCUACCCACCUGAAUCAUAUCACCAGAGUGAUUCCUAUUAUAUUAAUUGCACCAAAGGAAUGAGUAUCAAGACCCCAUGCCUGUGUGUUUUAUGUUUAUCUCAUUUAAUUCUUCCAACGAUCUUGCAAAACAGAAUUUAUUAUCUCCAUUUAAGAACCAAGGCUUGGAGAGUCUGAAUGACUUGCCCAAGAUCAUACAACCUGUCAGAGCAGUGUCUAAAAAGAUGCUACAUUAUUGUUGCAUCUCACCUGGGGGCUUUAAAAACAAUCAACAUCUCUUCUGGAUGAAACUCAGAAGGAAUUUGCCAAAGGGCUCCAGGAGGCUUCGUUAUCAUUCAGUAUUUGGUACCUAGCUAAAUGAAGCCCAUUUUUUUCUGUAAGCACUAGUACUGGUUUCUCCAUGACCUCAAGGUCAUAGUUCUCACUUGGAAUCAUUUGUUAAUGUUGUAGCUGGGGGAAUGGCACGACAGGCAUUGAGUAAGUAUGAACCAGGGAUGCCAUCAAACAUUCUGUGAUGCAUGAAGCAGCCCUCUCACGACACCACACUGUGCAGACUAAAUAUCAGUGGUGCUGAGGUUGACAAAGACUGUCUGAAGGGAUUGGGACACGUUUGAGCUGGCCUUGGGCCUAGGGCUGUAAGUACAUGGAACACCUCCCAGAAGAAUGACUUGGAUGUAUUUUCUUGAUGCUGGAUCUGAAAUGAAGUGGUUCCUUCUGGUGUCCACGCAGGAGUCCUCAUCUUCCCUCGCUUCCCAUGCUCAUGGUGCACAUGCUCUGUUUGUGGUGCUCUACCAUCUCCCUGACACAUUGUCACCUCAGUGUGUGCUUCAUCCCAAUUGUCCUUUUGUCCCCCCGCCCCUGAAUCAAAGCUCCCUAAGGCCUUUGUAUCUUUACUGCCUAGUAAUGCUUGAUAAAUCUUCACUGAGUAAUCAACGGACCACCCUUGUACAUGGAUGAUGAUGAUGAUGAUGAUGAUGAUAAUGAUGAUGACGACAAUAAAUUUAUGGACUUUAUAUAUUACACCUACAUAUUUUUAAAUCUAAUUUUGUUUUGAAAACAGUACUGUAAGGCAAACACUAUGAUCUUUAUUUUGAUAAUGAGGAAACUAAGGCUAGAAAUAUUUUUAUGUACUCUGGGCAUAUAGCAUUAGAUUUGGACUGUCUUGGUUUGGACAGAUUUUCUGGUGUGACAUCUAGUGUUCUUUCCACCUAUCAUUGUGGUGGCUAAGAUGAAAUUUUGGAAUGGGAAUUAAAUAGUAUCUUAGAUUCUUUUCAAAAAGGAUGUAUCUGGAAAUGACUAGAUGGCUGUCACUGCAAGGAGUUACGGUCCACUGGAAGAGACAAAUUCAUGGCUUAAAAGAAGGUUUUUAAGCAGAGUUAUUGCUUUAGGUUUUAAAAUUGAGCUUUGUUAUCUGACUUGAAUAUGUCAAUCAAAAUGUCCAUGUGUGAAGCAUACCCAAUACAAAAUUGAAUCAUUUCA